AUGACAAAUAGUAGUACUAGUAAUAUAUCCACCGAUGUUGCCCAUAGUGACAGUGAAGAUGAAAUAAUUGUAAAUGUAAAUAACGUAGACUUUAGGCUUUUUACAAAGACCCAUUCCGGAGGAAGUGACUCAGAAAGAGAAGAUAUCAAACUUACCAAAGAAAUGGACGCAAAUAAGGAACUAGUUCGAUCAAUGGACACAUUGAUCGAAAAAAUGAAAACCAAAAACAAGCGCCUGAUAGACCGAAUCCAUAAGAUGCAUCGGAAAAAUAUGAAGCAAAUAACAAAACCAGAAGAAAAAAUCUCCGGAAAAGACCAAACAAUACAAAAAGCUAAUGCAAAAGAUAUUCGAAUUAACGAAUAUAAUAGCAACAUUACAAAAGCCAGUAGCAGUAUCAAAUGA